AUGGGCCAAAAUAUGGACAAAAACAAGUCAAAGACUCCUGACAGAGAUUACCCAUCAAACAGUCCACAGGACAGAUCCACCCAUCCAGUUGCCAUGGAAACUGAUAUGGGAGAAUUUCUUGACAUGUGGAAGAGUAAGUACGGAAACAUUCAUUUUGAGCCAAUCACAAUCUACAAGACAAAACCCACGCUUGGCUUGGCUAUAGAAGGCGGAGCUAACACCCGACAACCUUUGCCACGAGUUAUAAGUGUGCAGCCUGGUGGCUCGGCGUAUGAAUCUGGUGGGAUAAAAGUAGGCCAUGUUUUACUGGAAGUAAACAGGCGCUGCUUGGUUGGGAUGGAGCAUAACGAUGCAGCGCGCGCCAUUGCUGAAGCCUUCAAAAAUAAGUCCUUGGACCGAAUGGAACUUUUAGUGACAGAAACAAGUACUGAUGUCAAGGCUAUUUUGGAGAGAUGCAGAAAAUCUUAAGGCGUUAUUGACUUUUCAGUGACUUCUUAGACAUUGGAAAUGUCAGCAGCAAAUUUGAAUUGCUCUUGAACUUUGCAAGGACAAAUGUUGGGACUUUGGAAAGGACAGCAGCAAGUUUGAAUAAGUCUUGAACUUUGCAAGGACAAAUUUUGGGACUUUGGAAAGGAAAACAGCAAGUUUGAAUAACUCUUGAACUUUGCAAGGACAAAUUUUGGGACUUUGGAAAGGCAAACAGCAAGUUUGAAUAACUCUUGAACUUUGCGAGGACAAAUUUUGGGACUUUGGAAAGGCAAACAGCAAGUUUGAAUAAUGUACAGAUUUGAAGAAUCUGAUCUUGUAGUUGUGAUACGUUCAGUGCAUUGCAAACUUGUGCA